GGGGGAGUCUGCUUUUUUUCUUCUUCUGGUGGAAUAUUUUUCUCUUCAUUGUUGCACACUACUCCUGGUGCAAGACAUUUGGGGUUUGACUGCGAGCCCCGAGGCGGCUCCGCGAGGCCCACGGCCAUUAGCCUGCAACACCAUCCCCCCCCCCCAAAAGUGUCUUCACAUGUAAACCCACCAAAAGUUUUGUUUUUUCGUGUGUUUUGGGGGGGGGGGCGGUAGGAUUUUAGGUUUCACGCCACUUUUUUGGGUUGUUUUAAAUUGAGAACCAGCGCCGCUGCAGCCAUGUCGCUCGGCGCGGAGAGGAGGAUGGAAGCCCGGCUGAAGAAGCUGGAGGACAUGAUCCGAGAGCCGCGCUGUGCCAUAAACCUGGAAAGUUUGCUGGACUCCCUCAACGCCCUGGUCUUGGACUUGGACUACCCCUCACUACGCAAGAACAAAAACAUCGAGACCUUCUUAAACAGAUAUGAGGCCGUCAUUAGACAGACUCGAGACCUCCAGAUGAAGUCGGAAGACUUUGACAGAGUGAAAGUCAUCGGUCGAGGGGCCUUUGGCGAAGUUCAUCUAGUCCGGCACAAAGCCUCUCAGAAGGUCUACGCCAUGAAGGUGCUGAGCAAGUUCGAGAUGAUCAAGCGCUCGGACUCGGCCUUCUUCUGGGAAGAGAGGGACAUCAUGGCCUUCGCCAACAGCCCCUGGGUCGUGCAGUUGUGCUGCGCCUUCCAAGACGAGCACUACCUCUACAUGGUGAUGGAGUACAUGCCGGGAGGCGACCUGGUCAACCUCACCAGCACCUACGACGUGCCGGAGAAGUGGGCCAAGUUCUACACGGCGGAGGUGGUGAUGGCCCUGGAUGCCAUUCACUCCAUGGGCUUCAUCCAUCGGGACGUGAAGCCCGACAACAUGCUGCUGGACCGACUCGGACACCUCAAGCUGGCCGACUUCGGCACGUGCAUGAAGAUGAACUCGGCCGGCAUGGUGCACUGUGACACGGCUGUCGGGACCCCAGACUACAUCUCUCCUGAGGUGCUGAAAUCCCAGGGAGGAGACGGGUAUUAUGGGAGAGAGUGUGACUGGUGGUCCGUAGGGGUCUUCAUCUUCGAGAUGCUUGUUGGUGACACGCCCUUCUACGCCGACUCUCUGGUGGGAACCUACAGCAAGAUCAUGGACCACAAGAACUCUCUUAACUUCCCCGACGACGUGGAGAUCUCCAACGAUGCCAAGAACAUCAUCUGUGCCUUCCUGACCGACAGGGAGGUGCGAUUGGGCAGAAACGGCGUGGAGGAAAUCAAGCGUCACCCUUUCUUCAAGAACGACCUGUGGACCUUCGACACCAUCAGAGACACCGUCGCCCCUGUGGUCCCAGAGCUGAGCAGUGACAUAGACACCAGCAAUUUCGACGAGAUCGAAGACGACAAGGGCGACGUGGAAACGUUCCCCACUCCUAAGGCCUACGUCGGGAACCAGCUGCCCUUUGUCGGCUUCACCUAUUUCAAAGACGACCAGUUGUUAAACGCCUCCAACAACGUCCUGGUGACUCACGACAAUUCGGAAGGAGAGCAGUUGGCAGAGCUGCAGAAGGAACUGCGUCACCUGGAGGUGCAGCUGAACAAUGAGAAGCAGGUGAAAGGCGACCUGGAGCACAAACACAGAGCUGCCACGAGCCGUCUGGACAAAAUCUCCAAAGAGCUCGAGGAAGAGGUGAGCGGCAGGAAGAACCUGGAGUCGACCCUGAGGCAGCUGGAGAGGGAGAAAGCCCUGCUGCAGCACAAGAGCCUGGAGAGCAACCGCAAGGCCGAGAGCGAGGCCGACAGGAAGCGCUGCCUCGAGAACGAAGUCAACAGCCUUCGGGACCAGCUGGACGACGUGAAGCGGAGAAACCAGAACUCACACAUCUCCAACGAGACGAACCUUCACCUGCAGAAACAGCUGGAGGAAGCCAACACGUCUCUGCGGGCCGAGUCGGAGGCGGCGACGCGGCUUCGUAAGACCCAGACGGAGAGCAGCAAGCAGCUGCAGCAGCUGGAGGCCAACGUGCGCGAGCUGCAGGACAAAUGCUGCCUGCUGGAGCGCAGCAAGCUGAGCCUGGAGAAGGAGGGCAUCAGCCUGCAGGCCGCGCUGGAGGCCGGGCGCAGGGAGCACAGCCAGGGCGCGGAGACCAUCAGCGACCUGAUGGGACGCAUCUCCGUCCUGGAGGAGGAGGCCCGUCAGCAGAGACAGACUCAGUCCAAAACGGAGACCGAGAAGAGGCAGCUUCAGGAAAGACACACCGACCUGGAGAAGGAGAAGAGCAACAAGGAGAUCGAUUUGACCUACAAGCUGAAGGUGCUGCAGCAGGAGCUGGAGCAGGAGGAGGCCUCUCACAGGGCAACCAGGGCGCUGCUGGCAGACAAGAGCAAGAUCAAAGUGACCAUCGAGGGCGCCAAGUCGGAUUCCAUGAAGGAGAUGGAUCAGAAGCUGGCGGAGGAGCGGGCGGCUAAGCUCAGGCUGGAGAACCGAAUCCUGGACCUGGAGAAGCACAGCAGCAUGAUGGACUGCGACUAUAAACAGGCCCUGCAGAAACUGGAUGAGCUGCGCAGGCACAAGGACCGACUAACCGAGGAGGUGAAGAACCUGACGCUGAAGAUCGAGCAGGAGACCCAGAAGCGAAACCUGACCCAGAACGACCUGAAGGCCCAGAACCAGCAGCUCAACUCCCUGCGGACCUCUGAGAAGCAGAUGAAGCAGGAAGCCAAUCACCUGCUGGACAUCAAGCGCAGCCUGGAGAAACAGAACCAGGAGCUGCGCAAAGAAAGACAGGACACAGACGGACAAAUGAAGGAGCUCCAGGACCAGCUGGAAGCCGAGCAGUAUUUCUCUACGCUGUACAAGACCCAGGUCCGUGAGCUGAAGGAGGAGUGCGAGGAGCGCAACAAACUGUACAAGGACGGGCAGCAGACCCAGCAGGAUCUGCAGGAGGAGAGGGAUUCUCUGGCGGCGCAGCUCGAGAUCACGCUGACGAAGGCCGACUCGGAGCAGCUGGCGCGCUCCAUCGCAGAGGAGCAGUACUCUGACCUGGAGACGGAGAAGAUCAUGAAGGAGCUGGAGCUGAAGGAGAUGAUGGCCCGCCAUCGCCAGGAGCUGUCUGAGAAGGACAUCACCAUCUGCUCGCUGGAGGAAGCAAAUAGGACGCUGACCAGUGACGUCGCCAACCUAGCCAAUGAGAAGGAGGACCUGAACAACAAGCUGAAGGAGGCAAUAGAAGAAUCAGAGAGGUCGAAGGACUGGGAGCAGCAGAUCAACCAGAUGAAGCAGGCCUUUGAGAAGCAGCUGCAAUCGGAGAGAACGCUGAAAACUCAGGCCGUCAACAAGCUGGCGGAGAUCAUGAACAGGAAGGAGCUGCGCGGCGUGGGCAGUCGCCGCGGCAACGACACCGACAUGCGGCGGAAGGAGAAGGAGAACCGGAAGCUGCAGUUGGAGCUGCGGUCAGAGAAGGAGAAGCUCAACAGCAGCAUCAUCAAAUACCAGCGGGAAAUCAACGAGAUGCAGGCGCAACUGUCCGAUGAGAGCCAGAUGCGCAUCGAGCUGCAGAUGGCCCUCGACAGCAAGGACAGCGACAUCGAGCAGCUGAGGAACCUCCUGCAGUCGCUCAGCGUGCAGUCGAUGGAUUCGGCCAGCGUCAGCAGCGGGCCGGAGUUCGAUACCGAUGACAUGUACACCGAAAUCAGACUGGAGGGCUGGCUCUCCCUCCCUGUGAGAAACAACACCAAGAAGUUUGGAUGGGAGAAGAAGUACGUGGUGGUGAGCAGCAAGAAGAUCCUGUUCUACAACAACGAGCUGGACAAAGAGCACUCCAUCCCCUACAUGGUGCUCGACAUCGACAAACUGUUCCACGUGAGGCCCGUCACUCAAACGGACGUGUACCGCGCCGACGCCAAAGAGAUUCCCAGGAUAUUCCAGAUUCUCUAUGCCAACGAAGGCGAGAGCAAAAAGGAGCCUGAGUUUCCCGUGGAGCCGCUGGCCAUCGGGGAGAAGUCCAGCUACAUCUGCCACAAGGGCCACGAGUUCAUCCCCACGCUCUACCACUUUCCCGCCAACUGCGAGGCGUGCACCAAGCCGCUGUGGAACAUGUUCAAGCCGCCGCCCGCCCUCGAGUGCCGGCGCUGCCACAUCAAGUGCCACAAGGACCACAUGGACAAGAAGGAGGAGAUCAUUGCGCCGUGCAAAGUGAACUACGACGUGUCCUCGGCCAAGAACCUGCUGCUGCUGGCCCUGACCCAGGAGGAGCAGCAGAAGUGGGUGAGCCGGCUGGUCAAGAAGAUUCCCAAGAAGCCGCUGGCGCCGGAGCAAUUUGCGCGCUCCUCGCCGCGCGCCUCCAUGAAGGUCCAGCCCAGCCAGUCCGUGAGGAGGCCCAGUCGACAGCUGCCCACCAGCAAGAGCAGAACGUCUUUCCCCGCCGGCACUCGGAGCGGUAACGACUGUCAAAAGGCACCUGGUGAUCUUUUCACCAAGCUGGACGGCUUGAGCAGCUCGCAGAGCAGAAGAGAGCUCUUCUGACCAGAAGGAGGGGGAGGGGAGGAGACACACUUUACCUCAACACUGUCUGAGUGAAGGAACCAGCAGAGAACUAUCCUCCUCACCACCUUUUGUUUGGGGGGGGGGGGGGAUUCGUGUGGCCAAAUCCUUUUUUGUUGUCGUUUCCUUUAAUGUGUUUGACUGAUUGUGGACAAUAUGAAGGGUUUAAUGGUGGGGGGCUGAGGGGGAGCACGGCACUCGGUUGAUGAACUCAAAUCCCAGAUACAGUAUUUUUUUUAACGUGUUGAUUGUAGCUUUUUUCCCCACGGUCCUGCUUUGAGGCGUCGCCACGUUGUCCACACGGGGAGGGGGGGAGGGGGGGGGGGGCACUUAAGCAAAAACACACUUUUAGGGAAAGUCUGGGGCGUUGGAGGGCGCCAUCGAUUUAGCUGCACAGUAACGGUUCCAGAAUCCAGAGGUCAUCAGACGGGGGUCAUCAGACGGAGGUCAUCAGACGGAGGUCAUCAGACGGGGGGGGGGGGGUCCUCGUCCUCACAUCUUUCAAAGCUGCAUUGUCGAGCUACGAGACGUUAAUGUUUACUGAACUCAGGGGGCUUCUGGGCGCUCCGUUGACGCUUCUAUGAUUCUUGUUGUUCGAAUGUACAUCUGGGCUUCACCGGAGACGACACGCAGGCAUUGUAUUCUAUAUAUCCAAAUAUACUUGGCCCCGCCCCCUUUCAUCACCAAACUACUCUCGAGUGGACUUGCAUGUGUUUUGCCUUUUCAGGCCUCACACGGCCUCCACCUGUCGUCAGCAGUGUCGGGGUAUUUUCCUUUUUUGUUUUUUUUGUUGAUGUUUUUCUCCCCGCCAAUGAAAACGAGGGAGAACGAACCAAUAAGAAGCCGGAACCAUGAAGGUAUGCAGUCCCAUCCCACACGUCCAAAUACUGAGCAGCACUAUUCUGUCGAACGUUUUGUUUUUCUUUCUAAAAGUUGUUUGUCCUGAUAUUUUUGUAUUAAAAAGUAACCAAACUCGGAGUUUGGGCACAUUGUUGUGUAUGUGGCUUAUAGAGCAGAUGGAGAGUGUGUGUUUGUGUGUGUGCGAGCAUGUGUGUGCGUGUGUAACAAGUGCUCUCCUUUAACCAAGAAGCAUGUUUUAUACAUAAAUAUACACAGUAUAUAUAUAUUUUACAUGCCAUACUGUGCACACUAUUAUUUAUAUAGCCUUGUCCACUUUGUAUUUAAAGGGCUCUACAUCCAGAAUGCAUGUUUGAUACCAAUUCGCUCUAUUAUAAUAACUACUUCAACAAUAAAGAUGUGGAUGUGC